AUGGCCUCAUUUGGCGAGCAAAACACAAGGGGAGGGCCUGGAGGAAUUCCUGCUGCUGCUGCUGCUGCUGCUGCUGCUUCUGCUGCUGCUGCUGCUGCUGCUGCUGCUGCUCCGGCAGCAAGAACAGCAGCAGCAGCAGCAGCAACAACACCGCCAGCUACAGCAGCAGCAACAGUAGCACCGGCAGCAGCAGGAACAACAACACCAGCAGCAACAGCAGCAACAGCAGCACCAACAGAAACAACAGCAGCAACAGCAGCACCAGCAGCAGCAGCAGGAGCAGCAGCAGCAGCAGAAAAGCAUGAUGCAGCAGCAGCAGGGCGUUGCUUUGAGCUGGUGGAGUUCUCGCGGGCUCUUCAGGCUCUUUACGAUGCAUCCUUGGACUAUCCACUGUAUCUAUUCCUUCUGCUGCUGCUGUUUCUGCAGCAGCAGCAACACGAUGAUUGCUGCUAA